AUGGUUAUCAAUAAGAAGUCCAGGAAAGAAAGCACACUAAAAAAGAUUCUGAAGGCACCCCUUAGGAUUUUGGCCAGGGCCAGGGACUUCUACAUGAAGGGAAUGGCUGAAUACUCAGAUCAGGUCUGUGUGAUGAGUUGCCCAACAGGCAAUUUCAAUGCCAUGCCUCGAAGUUACAGUGUCAGCUCAACAAAACCAAACCACUUGGAUGAUGAUCGUAGGGGGCCUUUAAGGGCUGCCUCCACCAGGAGUAAUUUAGGAAGUAGAAACAGCAAGAUCAAUGUGGAUGUUCCUGCAAGACAACAAUAUAGUCAUAAGAAAUCUGCAACUCGACUAGGAGACAAUAUGCCUAGGAGUCAUACUGUUGCUAUUGGAAGGAUUGAUGAAGAAAAACCAUGUGAUUUUGAUGAAGAGGAUGUCAAGGUUAAGGCCAAUGUUUAUCCCAGAAGCAGAAGCUAUGCUGUCUCUAAAAGGUGA